CAGGAAAGGGAUGAUUUAAAUUCAAAGAAACAUGAAUUGGAAGCCGAGGUAGGGCGUAAGGAUUCUGAAAUCACCUCUCUUGAAGCUAAAGUAAACGAGCUAGAGAAAGUAGAAAGAGGUCUAAUAUGUAGAUAUGAGUUAAUUAGCUGUCUUAGGUCUAGAGUGAGAGAAUUGGAAGAUCAGUUAGAACAACAAAUAUCCCAGUUAUCCCACGAACCGAACAUAAUAGGUGGAGCUGAAGCAGAUCCAGACUCAGCUGAGAACUCUUUGAAAAAAGAGUCUCUUCCUCAAGAAACUAAUACUUAUUUAGCAGAGCAGAUUUCGGAAGCAUCCAGUGAGUUUAAUGAAGUGAUUGGAGGUGAUAGCGGACUAGAGAAAG